CAUAUACCAACUAUUUUUGUUGUCUCUCUCUCUCUCCCUCCCCUCUCUCCAUCUGUGCAAGUGUUUGACGUGACUCUCGUGUUAUAAAUGAUUAAUCCUGGGUGUAUUUGGUCACCUUGUUACCUCUUGAACACUUUCAGUCUGUGUCUUCUCUCUCCCUCCAAAUUGAGAGCCACAUUACUUGCUUGCUUCUGCACCAAGCGACUACCACCCGUUUCGCUGAACCAAAGUCAGUUCGUUGCCUCCUUUUGUUUGUCGUCUUCUUCAUCUUAGAAUAUGGCCUUUUGUGCUCCUUCUCGCUUCUUGUUUGGCCUCCUCACAUCUUCUGCUCCUUUGGGUUGUUCAUCUUUUCUUUUCUCGUACUAGUUCCGAAACAGGUUAAAAAAAUAAAGGGGGCAAAAAAGGAGGAGACUUUAGAUUUGAGGUUUGUUUUUGGGUAGUUUAGUUGGGUCAUGGCAGUUGGCUGUGAUCUUGAAGUAGAUGUCAAUGGAGAAGAGACUUUCAUGGUGGACAAGAAGAUUAUUUCUUCAUAUUCAGGCAGAUUAAGAAAAUUAUUUGGUAAAUCAACAGGUUCUGCACGAAAUAUCAAAGUAAUAUUCAAUGACUUCCCAGGAGGGGCUGAAAGUUUUGAGCUCUUUUCAAGGUUUUGUUACAACAAUGGUAGAAUUGAUACCACUCCUUGCAAUAUUUCACUCCUCCAUUGUGCAGCACAAUUCAUGGAGAUGAACAAUUCUGUAUCUGGUUCUCAAAACUUAAUGGAACAGACUGAGAAAUCACUUCAAGAGAUCAAUGAUUGGACAUGGUCAGAGCUAUUGAUGAUUAUAAACCAGUGCCAAGGUUUAUUUCCCUCAGUGGAUUCUUCACCUAUUCUUGAGAAAUGUAUGGACUCCAUUAUCGGAAGGAUAUCUUUGUAUAGUGAAUCAAGUCCAUGUCUAUCCACUUCUUCCCUAGAUAGCUCUGGCAUUCGGGUUUCCUGUGACUCCAGAAGCACUGAGAGUUUGAAAAGUAGCUUUUCUCGAGCAACAUGGUGGUUUGAGGAUCUUUUGGUUUUGAGUCUUGAUUUGGUUGAAAUGGUGAUAAAAUCCAUGGUCUUGCAGAAGUUUGAUAAUGCCAUCAUUAGUAAAUUUCUCAUGUAUUAUCAGAAAUCAAAGUUCUAUACUGCCACAUUAGAUGAGAAACGAAAAUUGGUUGAAACAGUCAUUGAUAUGCUUUAUAUUCUUGAUUGGAAUUCUGUUUUGUGCAAGAGUCUUUUUGAGAUACUUCGAGUUGCUUUGAGUUUGAAUAUAAGCAAAUGUAGUAGGAACAAGUUGGAGAGUAUGAUAGGUUCUCAAUUGGAUCAAGCAGCUCUAGAUAAUCUGCUUAUUCCAUCUCCACACGGGAUGGCUCACUUGUAUGAUAUCAAUCUUGUUUUAAGGUUCUUGAAAGCAUUUCUUCAUGAUGGAAAAUCGCAAGUAACUUCAAUGAGAUUGAAGAAAGUUGCCAGGUUGAUGGAUUUGUAUAUGGGAGAAGUAGCUCCAGAUCCUUGUUUAAAACCUUCCAAGUUCUUAGCCUUAGCCGUGGCCUUGCCAGACUCUGCUAGAGAUUCAUAUGAUGAAAUCUACCAUGCCACAGACAUUUAUUUAGAGGUGCAUUCUGGAUUGUCUGAAGAAGAAAAAAUGAAGAUAUAUUGUGUAUUGAACUGUGAGAAGCUCUCAGCUGAAGCUCGCAACCACCUUUCUCAGAACAAGAAAUUUUCAUCAAAAAGUGCAGUGAAAGCUCUCAAAUCUCAGCAACUCAAGCUAAAGAGCCUACUCCAAGGAACUAACAAUUUGAAAGGCAAUGGUGGUUCCCCUAGUAGUUUGGGAGAAAUGAGAAGCAGAGGAAAGACAAAUGAAGCUGGUGAACAAAUCGUGCUUUAUGCUAGCAAAUUUGAGCUUUCUGAUAGUGAGAAGCUAAGGGCUCAUUUGCAAGGAAUGCAAUGUAGGGUCAUGGAAUUGGAGAAAGUCUGCAGAAAAAUGCAAACCCAGAUUACAAAAAUUAUGAAAUCAAGAGUAUCUAGCCACAGUAAUGCCAGAUCCUUGCCCAAGCUUUGUUCAUGACGGGAAUUUUUUCGCUUGAUAUUAUAAUGCCUAUUAUCUGUUUCUUAUGUAUAUAGCAUGAAGAAUUUUUUUUUUCUUUAAUUUUUUUGGGGGUUUUAACAGUUUUUCCUUCUUUCUGAAAAUCUAAAGGUGACAGGGAAGAGAUCUUAUUUGUACAGCUAGCUAGUUACAGAAAAAGAGACAAAAGUUGUGUUUUCUUCA